GUAACAAAUCUGUCGUGGCUAAUCAAUACCACAAAACAACGUCACGCCGGCUUUGAGACUGGUCAUAACCGGUUUUAUACCGGCUUUAAAUGACGAUUACGCCUUGACUGCUCAGAACGAUUAGCCGGCAUUACAAGAUUAGCCGUCCAGGGAUCAGGGGAGAUAACAUGUUUGGAAACAGUUGGAAAGAUCAAUUAUUUUAUGUGUCCACAGAACGGAACUUGUCAGACGCGGGAUCAGAAUUAUGCAGAACGAAUUGUUAGCUUUUUUAGAUACAAGUAUGUAGGGUUUUUUGUUGAGCCAGUUGAUGUGGUCUUGUGUGGUCUUGUGUGGUCUUAUAUAGUGAAGCAGAUUCAUUUUGAGGUCUGCAUUAGAAGUGUAAGCUAAGUUUAUAUAUAUAGAAUAGUAGAGGAGUCUUGGUUUACAUGAUAUAGAAUAGUAGAGAUGCCUUAGUUUAUAUGUUUAGAAUAGUAACGAUGUCUUAGUGUAUCAGAUCUAGAAUAUCCUAGCAGUAUCUCUAGCAUAUGUGGUCUGAAAUAGGUAAAUACGUUUUAUAGAAGUGUACAUUGUAGGAAAUUUCCGAGAAAUAGUUCAGUAGUUCUUAUCGCUGAAAGUCGAGAAUAGUAAAAUAGUAAAAUACUGUACUUUAGAAAGUCUUCGGUUUGACAAUAAUUUCUAUUUCUUAAAUAUAAACUAUUAUAUUAACCUUUAUUCAUUAUGUCUGAAACAGUAAAUUAGGGCAACGUGAUAUUUAACUCAGGGGGGUGAGAUUAUGAAAACGUGGUCAUUUUUUAAAAAGGAUAUGUACACAUUCUGAGGAUAGAUGCACAUUUUUAAUUAUCUAUAUUUGUUGUUAUUUAUUUGUAUUAUUUCGUAAAAAGUCAUUGUGACGUCAGCUUCAGGCCUAGAAUUGAUGAAAAAGGUAGCGUGUAAAAACCAUUGCGGUCUGUCUGUCCAUCUAGAGUGAAAUCACAAUUAGUAAUGCUCAAAUUGUUAAUGAUUUUUUCUUCAGAUUUAAAAUCUCCAGGAAAAGAAACACAACUGUGAUGUCAUCACUGUAACUGACAGGUUUAAAAAAUGGCGGUAAGAUUUAAGCCGCUUAGGAUACGAUGCUAGUUACGUCAUAACAGUCUUAGAACGUGGAGUUUAUCAAUCAGUAGGACUACUAGAGCAACAUAUCAGUGUACAAACCACAAGUUUAUCAAUCAGUAGGACCACUAGAGCAACAUUUCAGUGUACGAACCCUAAACAGUUCUAAAAUAGGAUUGUGCAAUCUAAACACAUGCUUUUAUGUUAACAAUAUAAACACAUGCUUUUAUGUUAACAAUCUUAACACAUUCUUUUAUAAUCUUAAACAUUAAUUUAUAAUAGAGUCACUUAAUAUAAAAAUUUAAUAUACAAAAUGUUGUCUUUCACAUCAAAAUGUUGUCUUUGACAACAAAAUGUAGUUUUUAACAUCAAAAUGCAGUCUUUAACAUAAAAAUAUUGUCUUUGACAACAAAAUGUAGUUUUUAACAUCAAAAUGUUGUCUUUAACAUCAAAAUAUUGUCUUUAACAUCAAAAUGCAGUCUUUAACAUCAAAAUGCAGUUUUUAUCAUCAAAAAGCAGUUUUUAACAUCAAAACGUUGUGUUUAACAUCAAAAUGUUGUCUUGAACAUCAAAAUAUUGUCUUUAACAUCAAUAUAUUUAUAUAUGUAUAUAUUAAGAUUUAAAGCUAGUGUAUUUCGACUAUACUCAUCUUUAGUAGGGCCAAAUAUUUUGAAUUUGCACAUCACACUACAUGUCUGUCACUAAAUUCGUACAUCACACUAUAUGUCUGUCCCAAAUUUGUACAUAACUCUACAUGUCUGUCCCUAGAAUUUGUACAUCACACUACCUGUAUCUCCCUUUAUUUGUACAUCACACUACAUGUAUCUCCCUUUAUUUGUACAUCACACUACAUGUAUCUCCCUUUAUUUGUAAUCACACUACAUGUAUCUCCCUUUAUUUGUACAUCACACUACCUGUAUCUCCCUUUAUUUGUACAUCACACUACAUGUAUCUCCCUUUAUUUGUACAUCACACUACAUGUAUCUCCCUUUAUUUGUACAUCACACUACAUGUAUCUCCCUUUAUUUGUACAUCACACUACAUGUAUCUCCCUUUAUUUAUACAUCACACUACGUGUAUCUCCCUUUAUUUGUACAUCACACUACAUGUAUCUCCCUUUAUUUAUACAUCACACUACGUGUAUCUCCCUUUAUGUGUACAUCACACUACAUGUAUCUCCCUUUAUUUAUACAUCACACUACAUGUCUGUCCCUAAGUUUGCACAUCACACUACGUCACUCUCCCUAAAUUUAACUUAUUUUUCUUAAUGGAAAUCAGGGAAAGUCUGGAAAACGAAGUAUUUCCGACGAGGAAAGGAAAGGUUAGUACCAUCAUUUCUGUAUAUAUUUGUAAAUUUUUUAAUCUGUCAAAAAGCUCUCUUAUUGUAUACAUAUUUAAAUUUCUUUUAUGGGAUGGAUUAGUAUUAUAAUAUACUAUUUAUAUAUUCUCUAAUGUUAGUGAGAUCUUGUUUGUCAUAAGUGGUGAUAUGUUGUUUUUUCAUAAGUGGUGAUAUGGUGUUUGUCAUAAGUGGUUAGAUGUUGUUUGUCAUAAGUGAUAAGAUGUUGUUUGUCAUAAGUGGUGAUAUGUUGUUUGUCAUAAGUGGUGAUAUGUUGUUUGUCAUAAGUGGUGAUAUGUUGUUUGUCAUAAGUGGUGAUAUGUUGUUUGUCACAAGUGGUGAGAUGUUGUUUGUCAUAAGUGGUAGAUGUUCUUUGUCAUAAGUGGUAAUAUGUUGUUUGUCAUAAGUGAUGAUAUUUUGUUUGUCAUAAGUGGUGAGAUGUUAUUUGUCACAAGUGGUGAGAUGUUGUUUGCCACAAGUGGUGAGAUGUUGUUUGUCAUAAGUGGUGAGAUAUUGUUUGUCAUAAGUGGUGAUAUGUUGUUUGUCAUAAGUGGUGAUAUGUUGUUUGUCAUAAGUGGUGAUAUGUUGUUUGUCAUAAGUGGUGAGAUGUUGUUUGUCAUAAGUGGUGAUAUGUUGUUUGUCAUAAGUGGUGAUAUGUUGUUUGUCAUAAGUGGUUAGAUGUUGUUUGUCAUAAGUGGUGAAAUGUUGUUUGUCAUAAGUGGUGAUAUGUUGUUUGUCAUAAGUGGUGAUAUGUUGUUUGUCAUAAGUGGUGAUAUGUUGUUUGUCAUAAGUGGUGAGAUUUUGUUUGUCAUAAGUGGUGAUAUGUUGUUUGUCAUAAGUGGUGAUAUGUUGUUUGUCAUAAGUGGUGAUAUGUUGUUUGUCAUAAGUGGUGAUAUGUUGUUUGUCAUAAGUGGUUAGAUGUUGUUUGUCAUAAGUGGUGAAAUGUUGUUUGUCAUAAGUGGUGAUAUGUUGUUUGUCAUAAGUGGUGAUAUGUUGUUUGUCAUAAGUGGUGAUAUGUUGUUUGUCAUAAGUGGUUAGAUGUUGUUUGUCAUAAGUGGUGAGAUUUUGUUUGUCAUAAGUGGUGAUAUGUUAUUUGUCAUAAGUGGUGAGAUGUUGUUUGUCAUAAAGUGAUAAGAUGUUGUUUGUCAUAAGUGAUAAGAUGUUGUUUGUCAUAAGUGAUAAGAUGUUGUUUGUCAUAAGUGAUAAGAUGUUGUUUGUCAUAAAGUGAUAAGAUGUUGUUUGUCAUAAAGUGAUAAGAUGUUGUUUGUCAUAAGUGGUGAGAUGUUGUUUGUCAUAAGUGGUGAGAUAUUAUUUUUUUAUAAUUACUGAGAUGUUGGUUAUUGUUGCUCCAAGCAGCACAAAUUAGAAUAAGUAGAUACAGUUUAGGAAUUAUAUACAUUUCUUCGGUGGACACAUCUGUAUUAAUAUACGGAAAUGGAACCAAUGUAAAAUAUUAUAAAUAAAUUUUAUUUUAAAAAAAUGUAACUUUAAUAUGUAAGCAUCAUUAUAAUACAUUAUAAAUAAAUUUCUUGUAAUAAUUAUUUUCCUGUUUGGAUCUUUGGGCUGAAAAAGGGUUAGGUGAACCUAUAGUAUGAAAAAGAAAUUCUCAUUACCUAAAAAUGUAAGAAACUUAGCGAUCUACGUUAUAUUCUUUUUUGAAAAACUAAUAAUAGUCAACUUUACAUUUUGUGUUUUUUGUGUGGAAGAUUCUAGAUGUUGAGAUUUAUCGGCACAUGUGAAAAGUUACGUAUUAUGCCUUUCAUUAUUAUUUCAGUAAAACCGAGUCAUGUAUUCUAGUGUAAUAUAAAGUUCAGUAACACCGAGUCAUGCAUUCUAGUGUAAUAUGAAGUUCAGUAACACCGAGUCAUGUAUUCUAGUGCAAUAUACAGUUCAGUAACACUGAGUCAUGUAUUCUAGUGUAAUAUACAGUUCAGUAACACCGAGUCAUGUAUUCUAGUAUAAUAUGAAGUUCAGCAACACCGAGUCAUGUAUUCUAGUGUAAUAAAAAGUUCAGUGACACCGAGUCAUGUAUUCUAGUGUAAUAUAUUCUAAUGUAAUAUAAAGUUCAGCAACACCGAGUCAUGUAUUCUAGUGUAAUAUAAAGUUCCCCGGGCAUCAAAUUGAAAUGUUUUAAUGGCAUGGUGUCGUAUACAUAUCGCCAAGUACCCCCUAACCCUAACAGCAUCACCAUGUAGGGGACCUGUGUAUGGAGACAAAGUUCUUUCAUGGUAUCUGCGUUAGAAAGAACCUACCCUAUGGCACUGUUAUAUGGUACCUACCCUAUGGCACAAUUGUAUCGUACCUACCCUAUGGCACAGUUGUAUGGUACCNUGUAGGGGACCUGUGUAUGGAGACAAAGUUCUUUCAUGGUAUCUGCGUUAGAAAGAACCUACCCUAUGGCACUGUUAUAUGGUACCUACCCUAUGGCACAAUUGUAUCGUACCUACCCUAUGGCACAGUUGUAUGGUACCUACCAUAUGGCACACCUAUAUGGUACCUACCCUAUGGCACACCUGUAUGGUACCUACCCUAUGGCACACCAGUAUGGUAUCUACCCUAUGGUACACCUGUAUGGUACCUACCCUAUGGCACACCUGUUUGGUACCUACCCUAUGGCACACCUGUAUGGUGCCUACCCUAUGGCACACCUGUAUGGUACCUACCCUAUGGCACACCUGUAUGGUAUCUACCCUAUGGUACACCUGUAUGGUACCUACCCUAUGGCACACCUGUAUGGUACCUACCCUAUGGCACACCUGUAUGGUACCUACCCUAUGGCACACCUGUAUGGUACCUACCCUAACCUGCAGUUGAAAAUAACGCCAGAAAAAGGUUGGCAUCAAGAUUACUGGUUGCGACUAAUGGAUACGACGCAUGGGUGGUUGGUUGCAAUCCAUGACGAGGAUACGAUCGUACAUCGUUUGAGGAGACUGUUCCCAGAUAACUGUUUCGUCUCAGCUUCUUAGUGACUCAUUAGUGAGUGGGUGGCCAAAUGGUCUAAACUGAGCAAACCUCAAGUUGGUGGUCUGGUGUUCAAGUCCAGCCAAAGGUCAGUCAAGCAAAAACAUCACCCCGGGUGGAUGAGACUCCUUAACCUUGGUCGGCAACUCAUCUAAGAGAAGGGAACUCUGAAUUCAAACCCGGAGUUGGAGUCCCGUAAGGCGCAAACAAUGACAAUUCCUGCAACCGAACCCAUCCCUGGUUGUCUUGACGUAGAGUCUUGCCACUGGAUAUGGUGGGCUCGGACGAGAGAGUGAGGUAGACGCCGCGCAACUCUUCUUCACUUUAAACAAAGUCAUCCGCGCAAGUCAUCAGUCACCAGACGACUCGAUGGUCCUCGUCGAUCCUCGACGGACGAACAAAUAAAAGUGACUCAUUCACGAGGUAGAAAAAUCAUUAUGCAAACCCUGUUAGAGGGCGCCUGAGACCACCACGCGAUAGGAAGAAAUCCACUGUAGGGCGUUCAUAUAUCCGUCCAGUUACAGAAAGGUCAAUUGCUGGUGUUGCGAGAGCAGCUCUACCAACAGGUGCUCCUUGGUUAAUUUUUAAAGGCUGCUUGGUCAAGCGCAUGGACGACGGCUGGGGCUGUCUCAGGGGCGGCGUACUUCCGGCAAAACGCUACGAGGCCCGGAGAUUGUACUGUUCUGGUUGGAGGAAAAAGGGGUAUGCUGAGGAGGGCCUAGGCCCAAUGAGCUUCGGCCCAACAGUUCCUGGUUUUUCUUGAGAUAUUAAAUAUUACACUAUAAAACUAACAUUGCUAUUUGUCUUGUUGCCCUCCAGAAAUACGAGAGGCCUUUCAGAUCCUUGACGAGGAUGGUGAUGGACGGCUUUCACUGGAAGAUAUGAAGACCUUACUGCAGUCACAGUUCAUGGUCUUUACAGACUCACAAGUAACGGCUGUCGUCAAAGAACUGGAUGAAGAUGGUAGGUAGACAAAGAGAUGAAGAUGGUAGGUAGAAUGUAGAUGAAAAUGGUAGGUAGAAAAAUAGAUGAAGAUGGUAGGUAGAAGGUAGAUGAAGAUGGUAAGUAGACAGAUAACAAUUUCAUAACAACAGACUAAAUGUUCUGACAGAUAUUAAAAAAUCAUUAGAUUAUUGUUAAACUAAACGAUCAAGACGAGCUAGAAUAUAAAUAAAUUAUGCAACCAAGACUAGCUAGAAUAUAGCUAAACCAUACGAUCUAUACUAGAUAGAAUAUAGCUAAACCAUACGAUCUAUACUAGAUAGAAUAUAACUAAACCAUCUCUAUACCGUGGCCGAUCUUUCAUAUAACAAGUAUAUACAAUAAAUAGACCUUCACUAGACUAUACCCAGACAAUGACCAUUUUAAAAAGGUCAAACGAAAAUAUUUGUCAAAGAAUUGUUUAAUAACUUAUUCACUCGUGAUAUUUCAGAAUGGCCAAAAUAAGAUCAAACAAAAGUAUUACAUUGUUGUCACUAUGACAUUGUAUCACAUUUGGUCACUAUGACAUUGUAUUAAAUUGUUGUCACUAUGACAUUGUAUUAAAUUGUUGUCACUAUGACAUUGUAUUACAUUGUUGUCACUAUGGCUUUGUAUUAAAUUGUUGUCACUAUGACAUUGUAUUACAUUGUUGUCACUAUGGCUUUGUAUUAAAUUGUUGUCACUAUGACAUUGUAUCACAUUGGUGUCACUAUGACGUUGUGUUACAUUGUUGUCACUAUGACAUUGUUUUAAAUUGUUGUCAUUAUGACAUUGUAUUACAUUGUUGUCACUGUGACAUUGUAUUAAAUUGUUGUCACUAUGACAUUGUAUCACAUUUUUUUUUACUAUGACAUUGUAUCACAUUGUUGUCACUAUGACAUUGUAUUACAUUGUUGUCACUAUGAAGUUGUAUCACAUUGUUGUUACUAUGACGUUGUACUGCAUUGUUUCAGACAGCGGUUUCAUAGAAUACAAAGAAUUUGAGAAGUAUGUCAUAGAGAACAAUUUGUCUAAGCCAACAGUUGAAGAGUUUGGUGCUGAAAUGAAGGAAGCAUUUCAACUGUUUGACACGGACAAGAAUGGUUACAUCGAUGCUCAUGAGUUCAAGAGUUUUAUGACCACAUUAGGUGAGACUUCAUUUGUUGAGAUCAAAAGUUCAAGAGUUUUAUGACCACAUUAGGUGAGACUUCAUUUGUUGAGAUCCAACAGCAGAUAUGUCACAUUUUAAUAAAAUGACACAUUUAGCAUUACAUUUAGAUUUUAUCGUCUUGUUCAGUCUUUAAUGGUAACGAGUAUUGGUAAAAAAAUCAUUCGCCCAAACGAUCAUUACGAAAUUGUUUAUGUUCGAAAUACAGAAGUCUGAAGUUAAGGUUAGACUUAACUGAACCCUUACCCUAAUCAUACCUGCGCCAGUGUAUAUUAGUUGUUGGUCUUGAAGUUAUAGGCUUAGACUAAACCUGACCCUUACCCUAAUCCUUCCUACGCCAGUGCAUAUUAGAUGCCCACUACAAUGGAUAUUACUGUGCUCUGUUCUUUGUGAUGUUUUCAUUUCUGCUGUUAGCUGAAGAAGGCUUUAUGCCGAAACGUCCGUAUCAUUUUGUUCUGUUCUCUAAUUCAAGCUUCCACAUACCUCGUUUUGAUAUUUCAUGCAUAUUUCAUGCAUGGUAGAUGUUGGUCUUGAAGUUAUAGGCUGAGGCUAAACCUAACCCUAACCUAAUCAUUUUAUACGCCUGUUCAUAUUAGAUGUUGGUCUUGAAGUUAUAGGCUGAGACUAAACCUAACCCUAACCCUAACCCUUACCCGACGCCUGUUCAUAUUAGAUGUUAAUCUUGAUAUUCAUCCGGGUUUUCAUUUUGUCUGUUACAUAGAACGCUUGAAACUAAAAAUUAUUAUUUAAAAAAUGUAUUUAGACCUAAAGAAAUCUAUCGACAUGCGCAAUGCUGCUCUUCCCAUUCGAACUUAUAAUACGCUCACAUCAUCCACUCUCUUGAUUGACUAUACGCCUCUUUCUUGGUUGACCACAUGCCUCUCUCUUCGUUGGCCAUAAGCCACUCUCUUGGUUGACCAUAAGCCACUGUCUUAGUUGACCAUACGCCACUGUCUUAGUUGACCAUAAGCCACUGUCUUAGUUGACCAUAAGCCACUGUCUUAGUUGACCAUAAGCCACUGUCUUAGUUGACCAUAGGCCACUGUCUUAGAUGACCAUAAGCCACUGUCUUAGUUGACCAUAAGCCACUGUCUUAGUUGACCAUAAGCCACUGUCUUAGUUGACCAUAAGCCACUGUCUUAGUUGACCAUAAGCCACUGUCUUAGUUGACCAUAAGCCACUGUCUUAGUUGACCAUAAGCCACUGUCUUAGUUGACCAUAAGCCACUGUCUUAGUUGACCAUAUUCCUGGUUAUUUAAAAGAAGCCAGUUGCUUAGAGGGCCUUAAAAAAAAAUGGCUUCCCUCCUUCAUGAAUGUGUCAACAUGGGAGAUUAUUUAUGAAAUAGAUUUUAUUUCUGUGAUUUGUUGGGUAACUCUACCAAUUUAAUAUUAUCCCCCAAUGCAGGUGACAAAAUGACGGAUGAGGAAGUCAUGGAUAUGAUGAAAGAUGCCGAUACAAAUGGCGAUGGACAGAUUGAUUAUUUAGGUUUGCUUGACUUCUUCUUUAAUAGCUGUAAUGAUGACAUUCAUGACAAUUAAUUAAGUCUUUGAUCUGCUAAUUUACUUUACAUGUUGAUGAACGCUAUUAAUAUACCGUCUCCAUUCUAGUUCAGUCUAUAGGGAGAACCAGUAGCGGAGCUAGGGUUUGUGGCACCCGUGCGAUCCACACCCCCCCCUCACCUUCCUAGCUACGCCACUGGGGAGAUGUAGAAGAAGUCAUUGACUGUCAAAUCAUGUAUCUACUAUAUACAACAGCUUGUAUAGAGAAUAAGAAGUCAUUGACUGUCAAAUCAUGUAUCUACUAUAUACAACAGCUUGUAUAGAGAAUAAGAAGUCAUUGACUGUCAAGUCAUGUAUCUACUAUAUACAACAGCUUGUAUAGAGAAUAAGAAGUCAUUGACUGUCAAAUCAUGUAUCUACUAUAUACAACAGCUUGUAUAGAGAAUAAGAAGUCAUUGACUGUCAAAUCAUGUAUCUACUAUAUACAAUAGCUUGUAUCGAGAAUAAGAAUUAGAGUAAUGUAUCACAUUGUUGAUUACAGUUCCGGGAAUAGAAUUUAAAUUUGUUCAGAUUUUGUGUUAAUUUACUCUUCAAAUCUUGAGGUAUAUAACGUUCUGACAACAAGAAAAAAAUAAAAAAGUGGGGUGUGGCACUAAAACUGCUGAGAAGUAGUUAAAUUCCAGAUUUUCGUAUUGUGAUUUCAAAGCCAUCGAAAAACUUAGCCACAAAAGGUAGACAAAGUCAGAACAGUAUGAUUGAAGUAGGCAAACAGAUAAUGAAGUAGGCAUACAGGUAAUGAAGUAGGCAAACAGGUAAUGAAGUAGGCAUACAGGUAAUGAAGUAGGCAUAAAGGUAAUGAAGAAGGCAUACAGGUUAUGAAGUAGGCUUACCUGUAAAUGAAGUAGGAAACCAAUUGAAGUAUGCAAACAGGUAAUGAUGUAGGCAAACAGGUAAUGAUGUAGGCAUAUCGAUGGAAGUAGGCAUACGGGUAAUUAAGUAGGCAUAUCGAUGGAAGUAGGCAUACGGGUAAUGAUGUAGGCAUAUCGAUGGAAGUAGGCAUACGAGUAAUUAAGUAGGCAUAAAGGUAAAAGAACCCUAACACUUUCUAGUUUAUGAGUGCAUCCGUUGAAUUUAAAAUUUUAUUUACAUUAACGAACAUGAAAAUUGUAAUUGUUUGAUUAAGUUCGAUCAAAAAUGUUUUAAUUUGGUUUAGAUUUUACGCAAAGAAAUUUUUAUAAACCAAGGUAAUUAUUGUCAACCAAAGAAAUUUUCAUCAACCAAAGAAAUUUUUAUUAACCAAAUAAAUUAACUGAGAUUAUUGUCUUCCUCAGAAUUCUGUGCACACAUGACGAAAAGCUUUUGAAGCAGGUCUUUGUGCUUUAAUGACAUGUCUGCUUGCUAUUUGAUGACAUGUUUGCUUGCUGUUAAUUGACAAGUCUGCUAUAAGUUUGAUGUCGUGGGUUUUUUAUAUUUAUUUUUGUUUGCUUUGAUAAUUCAAUAUCUAGAUGAAUCUGUCUCCAAUGCCGGGCCCCCUAACAUGUGUAAGAUGACAAGUUCCCAAUAACAUAUGUAAUUUGGCAUGUUCCCAAUAACAUCUGUAAGUUGGCAUUUUCCCAGAUUUAAUAGACAAUGAUUUACGAAGGUUAUCUCCAUUUUCAUCGUUAAUAUCAUUCAAACAUUUGAAAAAUAAACAACAAUAACUAUAAUCAAAAGUUGUUUUACAAAGUAUUUAAUCCAUCUAUAUAAAUUUGAAUAUGUGGAAACUGGCGUAGCUAGGGGGUAAGGAGUUGCUGACCGCACCAGG